AUGGACUGUUUUGAUUUUGUUGUUUGUUUGUUUGCCUGUCUGUCUGUCUGUUUGUUUGCUCAACAAACAACAUCAACAACAACAGGCAACCAGACGCUAACAAUCACGGAUUUGGAGAACUUAAAAACACCCUUCAGCCAUCUGGCGAGAUAUCACGUCAGCAGGGGGACCACCACAGACUCCGUUGACCUAUUUUAUCAUGGCAUUUUAGGUGAGGACAGUGGAAUAUUGACUUGUCAAAAGUUAUCAUCAUCAUCACCCUCGUCGGCAACUCUUAAUCUCAAAGUCCUUGUGCCUCUAACGAGUCUUAGAAUAUUCUUCGUACACUUCAACUCCACGGACAUCCUGAUCGAGCAGCGACCCCUCGAGUCGGGAUCGGUUAUCGAACUCACCGAGAAUAAAUUUCAAGGAAUCCGGUUCGAAUAUUACCGAUUAUGA